AGCAAUUCCCGUCUUUGUGCACACAGGACGGACCGUUUACGAUCUGCAGCAGUUCAUCGAGGGCCGGUUCUUCCACCAGUCAGUCUCAUUGCUACUGCUACUGCUACAUCCAUACGAGUGCUGCUACUGCUAUACUCGCCAUCUUCUCAGCAAACAACAUGCAACCACCAACUUGUACCCCUUUACCCCCCAAGCACACCACCCAGCGCCUCUAGAUGCUGCCGGUCGAAAGUCCAGAACUCGUCGACCAAGUGAUCAAAGCAGCGCCCAAUCAUAAUGGAAGGGCAGCCGUGGGAAUGGAGGCAGACCAAUCCGAGGGAAUUGGCGUCCACACCAGCCAACCCUGUUUCCUGCCAACCACAAGCCGUGGCGUGAUUCCUUCCAACAGGCGCCUCUCUGUCCGUUUUCUUCACCACCCUUCCAGCAGCCUCCGCCACGUGGUGCCCCGGAGCUGUGCUCUCUUUUCAAUUCCAGAAAUCUUCUUCCCGCGCAUUGUUGCACGAGGACGUUUUCUCCCAGCCCAACCCUCCGAGCGGCAUCGAGUAUGGGCCGUUUACCGACGCUCAGCUCUUUGACAAGUCUGCCCUACCAAAACACGAUUCAUUACCGGCAUCACAGCUACACACACACA